CUAUAAGCCAUCAACACAGGUGAGAACCAUCUUCCCCUUGGUAAAAACAGGUGAGUAUUUGCUCGAGAAUCUCGCUGGCGAUCGCCGAUUGAAGCUCAAAAUAAAGGUGCGAUUCGUUUUUCCUUUCUCUCCUUGUUUAACUGCUUUUGAAAUAUUUCCCUUUUCGGUUUCUUUUUCGUUUGAUUAAUGUGCGGACAUUUACUUAAUAGUUUUUGCCCUGUUGAUUUUAACAAGUUCGUCCGGGAUUUUUAAUUUCAGUUGCUUUUCAGUAGUUUGGUUUUUAUGGAUUCUAGGUUUUUAAUCUUUACUCAAUUUUAAAACUUGUCCCUAUGCAGAAAACCCUCGGUAUAUCUUACUGAGCUGUUGUUUCCUCCUUUAUUAGAUGUUGUUUACUUUUUCUGGGAAUAGCUCUUGGUGUUGUUGUGAAGUACUGAGUAGGUGCAUAUUUUUUUUCUUUAGUUUCUAUUGAAAUUAUUUUCUUUUGGGUUCCUCUGUAAUUAUCCCUAUGAAGUUUGACCUAAGCUGGAUUCAAAGUUAGGAGCUUCAGCCAGGGCAUUGGUUUGAAUGAUUUUGUUGGUAUAAGACAUGAAUGUAGACUGUUGCUUAGUUGAUCAACUUAAAGUGUUGCUUCUAUUUUGAGCUUGGGAUUUGCAGAAAAUAAGUAUGUAAUAAUAAAGAUUUCAGAUUUAUGCUCUGUGCACAAUUUUUAUUGUGUCUGAGUAAUGGAUGGACAAAGAUAAAUCAAAUACUAAUCAUCCCGACCAUAACAAUCCUACGGCGCUGCGUCAAUAGCGGUCACAUCUUUGUUUGCUGCAUGAACUUAAAGGAGCCUUUUUCACUAUUGAGUGCAAUGAAGAUCUUUUGAAACUAGCUAUUCACUGAUUUUUCUCAAGUUACAUUUUAAUAAUCAUUCUGUUUACUUUGAAUCAUUCAAAUUUAGCUAGAUGUUUUUUUUAAGAUUUGAUCACCCAAAUUUAUCUUGAAUCUGUAUGACGAAAGUUAAUAAUGAUAUUGUACUUGUACAAGUGUCUUCACGCUGGUUUAUAAAUUAAAUCAUCAUGGCCGGAGAGACCUUUUCAAAAUUGACUACAUAAUCAAUUAAUCGUAAACUAGAAAAUUUGAAGUUUUGACAAUACACGACAAGAGCACAACUUUUUUUGCUCUGGACACUGGAAGUAUUUUACACUAUGGUAAUAUGGUAUAGGUAUAACGUACAUGGUUGAAGUUUGAGAUGUUAUACUUUCAGUGUCUUUUCUUUGCACACAAUAACAUUACAAAAUAAGGCAGCCCAAUGCAAGUUGAGUAUCGAAACUCAUAAUAACUGUUUGGUUUACAGCAAUCCCGUCUCAUCAAUUUUGACAAUAUUUUUAUAUGUAAAGUGAAGAAAAGGAGAAAUAUGGUCAUAUGCUUCAUCCUUCCUAUAUACCGUUUUUAAUCAUGUCUAUUUGUGCUGUUAUAUGGUUAAAUUACUCACGAAUCUGAAAAUCAAGUUCUGCUCUUUGCCCAUUCCUUUUCUCAAAAUUUUUGUGAUCUUUUACAAUUGGAUGCAGAUGAAGCUAGCAUUAGUAGUGGUGGCAGUGUUGGUAACCCUUUGCAGUUUUAAAGGUGCUUUUGGUAUUAGAUUUGUUAUAGAUAGAGAGGAGUGCUUCUCUCACAAGGUUGAGUAUGGACACACCGUGCAUUUCUCAUUUGUGGUGAUUAAAUCCGAGGGGUCAUGGCAUUAUAGUGAAGAUGGUGUUGAUCUUGUGGUGAAGGGACCAAAUGGCGAGCAGGUCCAUGAUGUUCGUGACCAAUCGAGUCACAAGCACGAGUUUGUGUCUUAUCAUCAAGGAGUUUAUCGGUUUUGUUUCACAAACAAGUCCCCAUAUCACGAGACUAUAGACUUUGACGUUCAUGCAGGCCACUUCUUGUACCAUGAUGAGCAUGCCAAAGAUGAGCAUUUCAAGCCUCUUUUUGAGCAUAUUGGCAAGUUGGAGGAAGCUUUAUACAAUAUUCAAUUCGAGCAGCAUUGGCUGGAGGCCCAAACUGAUCGUCAGGCAAUAGUGAAUGAGAAAAUGAGCAGAGGGGCAUUUCACAAGGCGCUGUUCGAAUGUCUUGCUCUACUUGCGGUGAGCGGUUUUCAAGUCUUCAUUUUGCGGCGUUUGUUUGAGAAGAAACUUGGGGCGUCCAGAGUUUAAUGUUGAAAAUCAGUUGUAAUUUUAGCAGUUGAACAGUUUUUGUGGCUUGCGGGUAACUGAAAAUGUAGACAUUUGUCACAUAAAAUUAAGUAGGAAGUACAUCCAAUGCUCAUAAUUAUGGAACACCCUCUUUUUGUUUGUUAUACUGCCUCUUUUAAUUCAUCUUUUUGUCUCUCCCUGCCUGCGGAUUUUACAUUGGCUUUUGAAAGAAAUUAAUUUACAUUA